UCGUAUAUAUAAAUGCUUCUCUUCCCUUUCGCUCAUUUCUUUUCUAGUUAUUGCGCUGUGCUCGAUGCAUUCGAUUCACUUGCUCUGCAGGAUAGUCAGCGUACAAGGCUGGUCUACCAGCGUCAGCGACAACAAAGGCUUCAAAGAAGAGGUGGUGAUGGUACGUUGUUCGAUUAUAAAAGCUCUAGGGCAAUUCCAAUCAAAAUAUAUUGUGCAAUCAAGUAGCAGAUUGUUUUCUUAUGAUAAUGGCAGCUGGUGUCAAUUAACUGCUGAGGAAGGUGAAACUGCGAAACCAGGCACAAGGAUUGCCACUAUUUCGCCAUCAGGUGAAGGGGUAGCUCAAGAUGCUCCAUUCGAAAAGGUUGAACUUCAGACAGCAUUUCCAAAGCAGAGGGAAAAUGAUAAAAAAGAAAUCCCUAAAGAAGCUUCCAUAUUCCAGGGCAAAACAAAGAACCGUCUCUCUCAAAAUCAACUGCAAAAACACCUUCAAGAUUUCCAUGUUAGGAUCGAUACCAGUUGUUAGCUCUGAUACUAAUUGUUAGGAUCGCUCAACAACGCACACACUCGAUCAAG